AUGUCUUCAACAACCAGAAAAUUCCUCCUCACCGCCUCUGAAUCCUUCUGCUCCGCCUUCGCCUCCCAAACCCCUCCGUCCGAGAUCCUUUCCAAACACUUCACGGCCAAAAGCGAUGACAUCAUAGUCCUCGAGCACGGUCUGCCUCGCUUGGCACCCUUUCUGGGCCGCGAAUACAAGGGCAAAGAUGGAUUUCUGGAAUACUUCAAGACCAUUGGGGAGCAGUUGAGUUACAAGGACAUGCGAUUUUCUAAUUACAUUGUGGAUUCGGAGGUGCGUAAGGUGUCGGUUAGGGGGGAGGCAGUGUUCACGAACAAUAAGACGGGACAGAGCUGGGACGAGGUGUUUGCGUAUGUGUUGGAGUUUGACGAGGAGGCAAGGGUUAAGAAGUAUGAGGUUUGGGCUGACUCGGGAGCUGCGUAUUUGGCUAGUCAGGGACAGUUGUCGUGA